CGCGCCACCCAAACCACAUCCAAUCAUCAAAGCCCACCUACAAAUACAAACUAAUCUUAUCCCCCUAUACAGGAGGCGCGCUAUUCCAUAACGGCUUUCCUCCGCCGCAACACCCACCGCAAUUCCCAAAACACCCUCUCAUCCCCAGUCCCGUGAAACACCUGUAAACUUAGAAUGCAAACCUCGAUAUUUAAUGUUCUGACCUGGGCCAAACCCCCGGUGACAUUAUUAGCUCCACCAUUUCACACUUUCCCUUCUCUACUAAUCAUUGCACCCAGAAGAAAGCUUAAAUAUAAUAAUAAUUUCAAGGGAAGAACCAAAAAGGAGGGGAAUUUUCAUCGAAGCCGAAGCGGGAGUCGCGGUGGUAUAUGUAGAGCCAUGCCUUGUUCUUCAAUAGUGACUACUGAUAAUACUUGUGCUGAUGUUGGUGGCGGGGGUGAAGAGAAUGGGCGUUUUCGCAAAUUUAAACUUAAUCAUUCCACAUUCUUAGCCUCUCUGAUGCCGAAGAAGGAGAUUGGCGCCGAUCGCUUCAUUGAAGCUCAUCCUUUUUACGACGGUCGCGGUGCCCUCAUUGCGAUCUUUGAUUCUGGUGUUGAUCCGGCUGCCGCUGGUUUGCAACUAACUUCAGAUGGGAAGCCAAAGAUCUUAGAUGUUAUUGACUGUACUGGGAGUGGAGAUGUUGAUACCUCAAAUGUGGUGAAGGCUGAUGGAGACGGCCGAAUUCGCGGGGCUUCUGGGGCUUCACUGGUUGUCAGUUCUUCAUGGAAAAACCCUUCUGGCGAGUGGCAUGUAGGCUAUAAAUUGGUUUAUGAGCUCUUUACAGACUCUUUAACUUCACGUCUAAAGAAAGAAAGGAAGAAAAAAUGGGAUGAAAAAAACCAGGAGGAGAUUGCAAAGGCUGUAAUGCAUCUUGACAAGUUCGAGCAGAAACAUACGAAAGUGGAGGAUCCAAAAUUGAAAAGGGUUCGCGGUGAUCUCCAGAAUAGAAUAGACAUCUUAAGAAAUCAGGCUGAUACCUAUGAUGACAAAGGACCUGUUAUAGAUGCUGUUGUAUGGCAUGAUGGAGAAGUAUGCAGGGUUGCUCUUGAUACACAGAGUCUUGAGGAUGAUACUAAAUCUGGGAAACUGGCUGAUUUUGUGCCCUUAACUAAUUACAGGAUUGAACGAAAAUAUGGCAUUUUUAGCAAAUUAGAUGCUUGUACAUUUGUUGUUAAUGUGUAUGAUGAGGGAAAUAUCCUAAGUAUUGUUACAGAUAGCUCUCCUCAUGGUACUCAUGUUGCUGGUAUUGCUGCUGCUUUCCACCCACAGGAGCCCUUGUUAAAUGGUGUUGCACCUGGAGCACAGUUAAUUUCAUGUAAAAUUGGAGACUCGCGUUUGGGUUCGAUGGAGACAGGAACUGGCUUGACACGGGCACUAAUAGCUGCUGUGGAGCAUAAAUGUGAUCUGAUCAACAUGAGCUAUGGAGAACCUACAUUAUUACCAGACUAUGGACGCUUUGUCGAUCUUGUUAAUGAAGUGGUGAAUGAACACCGCCUGAUAUUUGUGAGUAGUGCUGGUAAUAGUGGGCCAGCAUUGAGCACUGUUGGUGCUCCGGGUGGUACCUCUUCAAGCAUCAUAGGAGUCGGUGCUUAUGUCUCUCCUGCAAUGGCUGCUGGUGCUCAUUCUGUAGUUGAACCUCCAGCUGAAGGGCUUGAGUACACUUGGUCCAGCCGAGGACCUACAGCUGAUGGAGACCUUGGAGUCUGUAUAAGUGCUCCUGGAGGGGCUGUUGCCCCUGUUCCUACUUGGACUCUCCAAGGGAGAAUGCUCAUGAAUGGAACAUCAAUGGCCUCUCCAUCUGCUUGUGGGGGAAUUGCAUUGCUUAUUAGUGCCAUGAAGGCAGAGGGAAUUACUGUAAGCCCAUACAGUGUAAGGAAAGCUCUUGAGAAUACAUCUAUUCCUGUAGGUGGUUUGCCAGAAGAUAAACUAACCACUGGACAAGGGCUUAUGCAAGUUGACAAAGCAUAUGAAUAUAUACAGAAGUCUCAAGAUUUUCCAUGUGUUUGGUAUCAAAUUAAGAUCAAUCAAUCUGGAAAAUCAACACCUACAUCACGAGGUAUCUACCUAAGAGAGUCUACCGCUUGCCAACAUUCUACUGAGUGGGCAGUGCAAAUUGAACCAAAGUUUCACGAAGGUGCAAGUAAAUUAGACGAAUUGGUUCCCUUUGAGGAGUGUAUUGAGCUACAUUCUAGCGAUAAUGCAGUUUUGAGAGUUCCUGAGUAUCUUCUCCUUACACAUAAUGGGCGCUCCUUCAACAUAAUUGUUGAUCCUAUGAAUCUUCGUGAUGGUCUUCAUUAUUAUGAAGUCUAUGGAAUUGACUGCAAAGCCCCAUGGCGUGGUCCUCUUUUCAGAAUCCCGAUUACUAUAACAAAGCCAAAGGUUGUAAUGAAUCGGCCACCACUAGUUUCAUUCUCAAGAAUGUCAUUCCUUCCAGGCCACAUAGAACGAAGGUAUAUAGAGGUGCCACUUGGUGCUAGUUGGGUUGAGGCAACAAUACGGACAUCUGGGUUUGAUACUACGAGACGAUUUUUUAUCGACACCAUCCAGAUUUGUCCACUAAGAAGGCCUAUCAAGUUGGAGAGAGUCAUAACAUUUUCAUCCCCCACAGCCAAAAGCUUCGCCUUUAGUGUCGUAGGUGGUCAAACAAUGGAACUAGCAAUAGCUCAGUUCUGGUCAAGUGGCAUGGGAAGUCAUGAGACAACCAUUGUAGAUUUUGAGAUUGUCUUUCAUGGAAUUGGAGUAAACAGAACUGAAGUAGUCCUUGAUGGAAGUGAAGCACCCAUCAGAAUUGAGGCUGAAGCACUAUUGGCAUCAGAAAAACUUGCCCCUACCGCUGUUUUAAACAAGAUAAGAGUUCCCUACCGACCUAUUGAGGCAAAACUUUGUACUCUUCCAUCCAAUCGUGACAAAUUACCAUCAGGGAAACAAAUACUAGCAUUAACAUUAACCUACAAGUUUAAGUUGGAAGAUGGAGCAGAAGUGAAACCUCAUAUUCCGUUGCUCAACAAUCGUAUAUAUGACACUAAAUUUGAGUCCCAAUUUUUCAUGAUUUCUGACACAAACAAGCGUGUCUAUGCAAUGGGUGAUUGUUAUCCAAAAUCUUCAAAACUUAUAAAGGGCGAAUACACUCUGCAACUGUAUUUAAGGCAUGACAAUGUACAAUACUUGGAAAAAAUGAAGCAAUUAGUUCUAUUUCUGGAAAGGAAUAUGGAGGAAAAGGAUGUUGUUCGAUUGAACUUUUUCUCUGAACCAGAUGGCCUUGUGAUGGGAAAUGGCACCUUCAAAUCAUCUGUUUUGGUUCCAGGGAAAAAAGAAGCAUUUUAUUUAAGUCCACCAAACCAGGAUAAGCUUCCAAAGAACUCCUCACAAGGAUCUAUAUUGCUGGGAGCAAUAUCACAUGGGAAACUAUCAUAUGCUGGUCAGGAAGAGGGAAAAGAUCCACGAAAGAAUCCUGUAUCUUAUCAGAUCUCUUAUGUGAUACCACCCAACAAGACAGAUGAAGACAAAAGAAAAGGUUCUUCGGCAGCUUGCACUAAACCUAUAGCUGAGCGUUUAGAAGAAGAGGUUCGAGAUGCAAAGCUAAAGGUUUUUGGAAGUCUGAAGCAAGAUACUGAUGAAGGUCGCUCAGAAUGGAAAAAGUUAGCUCAAUUGCUCAAGUCUGAAUACCCUGAAUACACUCCAUUGCUUGUGAAGAUCAUGGAAAGUUUGCUUUCUCGUGACAAUAUUGAUGACAAAACCCAGCAUUAUGAUGAGGUUAUAGAUGCAGCAAAUGAGGUGAUUGAUAGUAUAGACAGAGAUGAACUGGCAAAAUUCUUUUCACUCAAAAGUGAUCCAGAGGAUGAGGAGGCUGAGAAAAAUAAGAAGAAGAUGGAGACUUCUCGCAACCAAUUAGCACAGGCACUAUACCAAAAAGGACUGGCAUUGGCUGAGAUUGAAACUCUAAAGGGUGAGAAAGCUUCAGUCUUGGCUGCUAUUGAAGGCACAAAAGACUCGGACCAAACUGGAGGCCAAUCUGCUGUGGGCUCUGAUGUCCAGUCAGAUUUAUUUGAGGAGAACUUUAAAGAACUAACGAAAUGGGUAGAUCUGAAAUCCUCUAAAUACGGCACUCUCUCUGUACUGCGUGAGAGACGAUGUGGAAGACUUGGAACCGCUCUAAAGGUAGUAAAUGAGAUGAUUCAGGAUGAUGGAGAGCCUCCAAAGAAAAAACUCUAUGAAUUGAAGCUCUCUUUGCUUGAUGAAAUUGGAUGGAGCCAUUUAUCAACAUACGAAAGACAAUGGAUGCAUGUGCGCUUCCCUCCAAGCUUGCCCCUAUUUUAAGAUUGCUCAAAGCCUGGUUAGUUGCCAGUUCCAGUUCGAUAUAAAAAAAAUUGAACACAGAGGAUAAAUUUUUUGUUGUAACAAAAUAGUUUGUAAUGAUAAAAUGCAAUUCUCUGCUUAUCAAAAUCUGGUUUAUGGGGACUGCCCCUACACUGUAUAGCUACCCUCACACCACGAUCAGCAUGGGGCACUCUGUUGUCCUUUUACCCAAGAUGGUGGAUAUGAGGUGGUCGGUGGCAGAUGGGAAAACUCAAGUUUGGAUGAGGAUUUGACAUUUGAUGUAGUUUGGGGUUAAAUUAAGGGGUUGCCUAAAUGUGAUAAAGAAGCUGGAAGUCUGUAGUUGGGGGAUUGGAUAUUGGCUUAACAGGUUUCAACACUCUAAAAAAAUGACCUGUUGAUGGUGUUUGAAUCAAUCACAACCUCUGUGUCUGGUGUUGGAAAGGAUCAUGAUCUUGUGAAUUUGUUUAUUUGAGUUCCAUUUUUUUA